AUGGCAUUCCGCAGCACGGCAGAGGAAAUGGAGAGACUCCAGCUAUCGGACGAUGACACAGAGGACCUUUGGAACUCUCCUUCCAAGCGUGGAGCCCGCAAGAACGUCGACUCUCAAACUCCUGAGAAGAAAAUCACACCGGAACCUCGAAAUUCCCGUGAUGGCGGGGAUCCUCUAUUCGACCACAAAGAAGCGCGAGAGGCCGCGCUCCACACAGAAUUGCAGGGUGUGCGGAACAUCAACGAGGUCAUUGAAGGAUUGCUGAGCAGCCUUGACUCUGCAAAGGGAAAUAUGGAGACGGUAUCGCGAACGGUCACCUCGGCAUCCACCCUCCUAAAUACUUGGACCCGCAUUCUCUCCCAAACCGAGCAUAACCAACGAUUGAUUCUCAACCCCAAUUGGCAAGGCGCUACUCAGGAUGUCGCGGAUAUCGAAAACGAAGCGAUUCAAAGACAGCAAGCAGCGGAGAGACGUGAGCUGUUACUUCAACAACAAAGAGAGGCGGCAGCGCGCAAAGCGCAGGAAGUUGAAAUGAGACGCACACAGGUUACAAGGGGCACCCGGGGUACUCGAGGAACCACCAGAGGUACAGUCCGAAGCACUGGGUUGGGCAGAACCCCGAGUGUCAGUACAUCCCGAACGGCAACCCGAGGCUCCACGGCAACCAGUCGGCCAGGUAGUGGGAUCGCGCGAGGAAAUGCAAUCUCACGCGACGAGUCGCCAGAUAUUGAGCGUGCUCUGUCACCUCCAAAUGAUGGCUAUCGCGUGUCUCCAAACCUCCGCUCCCCAAGAGCUUCGCUCGAUGCACAUGUGAAUGUACCCUCUGGUCACAAUUACAAUGGUGGGGGCUUUGCUACUCUAGGACCUUUUGAGACAAGUCUCCCUAUUCGGAUAGAGGUGGAGGCUAUGCUAGCCUAUCUACUUCUGCCCCCGGUCGGAGGUGUAUUGUUGCUGCUUAUUGAGCACAACAGUGAUUACGUGCGAUUCCAUGCUUGGCAAUCGAGCAUGCUCUUUGCUGCCAUGUUUGUUAUCCACCUCAUAUUCUGCUGGUCUAGCUUCCUUUCAUGGGUACUUCUCGUUAUCGACUUUCUACUCAUUGGCUUCCUAGCCAUGCAUGCCUAUCAAGAUGUCGACACCUUGGACCACUUCGAGGUUCCCAUCUUUGGUCGACUGGCCAACUCUUUCGUUGAUAACGAAUGA